ACGCCGUUGGAAGAUUUGACAUCACGCGAUGUCGAUGCGAUUGUUGACCUCAGUUCUCGCUCCUUGCAGCUCGUUGCAUCUGCGUCACAAGUCAUUGCCCAAAUCAUCUUUCCACAAGAAGGCUUUGAAGUAAAAAACGGAGAGGGCAUCAAACAAGGGAAGAUCAAAGAAUGCGUUCGAUUGGCUCGAUUGCUUGGCGAGUUCAUAAACAUACUGAGAGGUCGAAAGCCCGAAGAAAACUCUAAAGAUGCUGUCGUCAGAGACAUAGUUUUGGACGCCUGUAGGGAGCUUUGCAGGAGCCACGAGGAUAGAGGUACAAAAAGAAACGAUCUCUACAAAAUUCAUGGCCUGAAGCUGAAGUCCCUCUUUACAGAAAUCUUUGGAAAGCGACGCAGCGGGGAAGAUGGAAAAGAAAUUAUUCAAGAUAGUGCCUUGACGCCCCAAAGAGGCGAAGGAGAACUCAAAGUGGUAAAAUGUGUUUCGAGGCAGACAUCGUACCUCCAUGAAAACCUUCCUUUCGUCCUAAGUCAUAAAGACAUUUAUGAACCAACGUUAGUUUUGUUGCGGCGAUGGCUGUCUGGUAUCAUCACUAAACCAGUCCUUGCCUUUCACACUCUGGAAAUUGUAGAGACUCUGUUCUCAGACCCCCCUUCAGACAGCAAUUCUUUUUUUCUGGAGAACGUACACAGUAAAAUUCAAGAACGCAUUUUAUCCCUUCCAAAUAAUCAGUCUCUCAUGUCUCAGUUUCAAGCUGCUGGAUACAACCAAGAGAGGAAAGCUGAGCUAGAUCUAUGGUCCUCACCUGCAGUUGAACUGCCUUGUUACCUCAGUAGGCGUGAGUCACCGAGUGAAAGAUUACAUACCAAGAAAUUAACAGAAGUUCUUAGACGUCUUUGGUAUGAAUGGAAGGACAUCCUCUCUAUGUAUCUUGUUCCUGCCGUUAAGGUGAACGGGAAAGAAGUUUGUACGAAAGAUCUUUUUGGUUUCCAAGAUUCUUUGAAAGAGAUGGAGGAACAGGCUGCUGCUGUAAAGGAAAAAGUUAAACAAAUUAAUUCUCAACAAUUUCAAUUAGAUGACUUAGACAGGCGAGUAGAGAGACUGAUGCGCUUGGAACAACAACACCGCAAGCGGAUUGGAAAACGUUUCAAGAGUUCCAGCGAUAGGACUCCUGAAGUAUCGGAAGAAAGGAAGUUUGUUGCAGUAUGGCAAAAUCGAUUCUUGGAACAAGUGAAGCUUUGUUCAGAGAAAAUUCCAGGUUGUUACGCUCCCAACGGCUUCCACUCCGAGAAACCUGUCAUUUGUGCUCUGUCGGUAGACAACAGGAUCUUGACUGUGUAUAAGGAGGAGAAGGGUCGCAGAGAGGAAAUCGAGAAUGUCGAGGUGAAACUCUUUGAAGCUGGUUUGUACGUGUACGGAUUGCAUACAAAUGGACAUGAUUACGUCACCGACGAACUUUGGGCUGCGUUUUACAAGAUGUUGCUGGAGAAGAGGCUGGUACCAAGAAUUGUAUUGUCCAACGAAAGCCCAGGGUUCGACUGGAUUAAGAUGAAUAAAUAUGUGGAACCAUCAACAAGUCAUCCUUUUCCCUGGAAGUGGGAGUUACAUGCCAGUCUUGUUCCCCUAGAAGAAGAUUAUUUUGAUUACUUACCGAUAACUGCGGCGCUGUGGCCGUCCGUACAGGGCCUACAAGGGUUUCUAACCUUAACAAUUGAGAACGUCUCUCAAUUUCACUUCAGUGACUUGAAGGACGUCGAUGUUGUCGAAGCAGAAAUGAAAAGAACGAAGGAAAUGGCUCGGAAAGCUAUUAAACAACUUCAAUGCGAGCUGCAGAUCCUUCAUGCUGAUAAUCAGCCAAUCAAGAAAGCUUUGGAGGGAAAAUUGACGUUUGCUUUAAAAGAGACGGUGAAAAGCAUUGUCGAUGGAGCACAGCCAACUGUGGAGACGGUGAAAGAGCUGAUCAAUAUGGACAAACUUGCUUAUGGAUAUCCUGAAGUGGAAAGAACCGAGGAGAAGAGACGGCAAUACGCAGCUGCAGUUCUUCGUGCUUGUGAACAUGUGCAGUGAA